UCUGAGGCGUUCGGCAGUGGGUGAAAGGUCAAGCCCGGGAGUUGGAAGCGAUGGCGCUCGCCGCGCGACUCCGGCGCGUUCUCUGGGUCGGACUUGGCCCGUUCCGCAGAGCCCGGACCCCAGCGGGGGCGGCUGGGAGCCGCGGGGUGUCUCAGGUGCUGGGUCACCCUGGUGUUUUUAGAAAAAGUGUUUUCUUCUCAGCCCUGUCUUACUUGGGUUUGGAAGCUUAUCAACUUGUUUCUCAGGCUGCUGUGGUUCAUGCAGCAGCGAAAGUUGUUGGGAUCGAAGAAAUCCUUGAACAAGCAGACUACUUAUAUGAAAGUGGAGAAACAAAAAAACUUUAUCAGCUGCUAACCCAGUACACUAAAAGUGAAGAUGCAGAGUUGCUCUGGCGCUUGGCACGGGUAUCACGUGAUAUGGCUCAGCUUUCUGAAACCUCAGAAGAGGAGAAAAAGCUACUGGUAUAUGAAGCCCUGGAGUAUGCAAAAAGAGCACUAGAAAAAAAUGAAUUAAGUUUUGCAGCUCAUAAGUGGUAUGCAAUCUGCAUUAAUGAUGUUGGAGAUUAUGAAGGUAUCAAGGCUAAAAUUGCAAAUGCCUACAUCAUCAAGGAGCAUUUUGAGAAAGCAAUUGAACUGAACCCUAAAGAUGCUACUUCAAUUCACCUUUUGGGUAUUUGGUGUUACACUUUUGCUGAAAUGCCUUGGUAUCAAAGAAGAAUUGCUAAAAUGCUGUUUGCAACUCCUCCUAGUUCCACCUAUGAGGAGGCCUUAGGCUACUUUCAAAGGGCAGAACAAGUGGACCCAAACUUCUACAGCAAAAACUUGCUUCUUUUAGGAAAAACGUAUUUGAAAUUAAAUAACAAAAAGCUUGCUGCUUUCUGGCUAAUGAAAGCCAAGGACUACCCCGCACACACAGAGGAGGACAAACAGAUACAGACAGAAGCUUCUCGGUUGCUUACAGGUUUUGGUGACAAGAAUUGAGACUUUACAAAGAAGAAAUCACACAGAAUAUCAUAUUACCCUUACCUUUGUAUCAAAUUUAUAAAGUUAAUAUAUUAAAUGUAAUUGUUCUAUGA